UUAAAAAACCCGCUGUGGUAGCAGCAGCACAUUUGGUGCACGUUGGUACAAGCUUGCCUCUCCUCGCUGCUGCCUUUUGCGGCUGGUUUUGCAUAAGGGAGCUCCUCUCUUUCUCCUCCACUGUUGUGCUACCUGAAUUCAUGGCUGACCAGGUGUCUGCCGUGUGUGAGCAGCUCAUUAAAGCUGUCAAUGUGAUGAUGGACGCAGAGACAAACCAAAUUUACCGACUGGAGGCCCUAAAGUUUUAUGAAGAGUUUAAAGAGAGAAACUCUUUCUGUGUCCCAUGUGGCCUGCAAUUAGCUGACAAAGCUCAACCAGCUAUAGUUAGACACUUUGGUUUCCAAAUCUUGGAGCAUGUCAUCAAAUUCCGAUGGAACAACAUGCAACAGCAAGAAAAAGUCCAGUUGAAGGAGUGUACCAUGCAGCUGUUAUCAAAUGGCACGUGUUCCAUUUUGGAGGAGGAGAGCCACAUCAAAGACGUCCUGUCCCGAAUCACAGUGGAAAUGAUAAAGAGAGAAUGGCCUCAACACUGGCCAGAUAUGUUGAAAGAGAUGGAGGCUCUCACGAGUCAAGGGGAGGCACAGACGGAGCUGGUGAUGUUGAUCCUGCUGAGGCUGGCAGAAGAUGUGAUCACCUUUCAGACAUUGCCCGCUCAACGACGCAGAGACAUCCAGCAGACGCUCACCCAGAACAUGGAAAGCAUUUUCAGUUUUAUGAUCGCAAUUUUGCAGCUGAACGUCGAGGACUAUCGCAGACUGAAAGAUGUACCUGGACAGGAACUACAGGCCAGAGCUCACUGUCGUGUCGCUGUGGCCACACUGAAUACACUCGCAGGCUACAUAGACUGGGUGUCCCUGGUGUACAUCACCUCUGGAAACUGUCACCUUCUUGAGAUCUUGUGUCUUCUGCUGAGUGAGUCGGAGCUGCAGCUGGAGGCAGCGGAGUGUCUGCUCAUUGCCGUCAGCCGGAAGGGAAAGCUGGAGGAUAGGAAGCCAUUCAUGCUGCUGUUUGAUGAUGUGGCCAUACACUACAUCCUUUCUGCAGCACAAUCGGCAGAUGGACUGGCGUUACGUAAGAAAUCCACAGAUUUGAAAGCAGUGGAGGUGGUGGAACGGCGUUAUAUCUUUCUGAAGAGGCUGUGUCAGGUCCUGUGUGCCCUGGGAGGACAGCUCUUCUCAUUAGUGGGUUCGGAUGUCGAGGUUGAAAUACCUGCAAAUCUCAGCAAGUACAUGGAAGCUCUUUUGUCCUUCACUACACAUUCCAGUCAGUUCUUGAAGUCGUCCACUCAGCCCACGUGGGGCGCUUUGUUCAGACACGAGACGUUGUCAAAGGAACCGGUCAUCAUUGACAUGGCCAUCAAAUACCUCAAAGCGUGUAUGAUCAACCUAGUCAAGACUGGAUUUCCAUCGAGAGAGGAUAAUCCAGCUUGCGAGUACUCCCGUGUGGACUUCGACAGCGACGAGGACUUCAACUCCUUCUUUGUCUCUUUUCGAGCACAUCAGGGAGAAGUGGUGCGGAGCGCGUGUCGCAUUGUUCCCAUGGAGGCCUUUCAGAUAGCAGCAGAGUGGUUACAGUACCAGAUUUCCAGCCCCAUCGAUAUUGGAGAUACCACAUCCAAGACUGGAGAGGGCCUGUGUUCCCUUCUGUCUCCAUCUGUGGUCCAGUGGGAUGCAAUGACCAUCUUCAUGGAGUGCACAGUGGCACAGCUCUUCAGAAGUCAAGGAGAGGAGAAGUUGCCAAUAGAUCGGGGCGUGGAGCUGCUGCAGGUCGUGCUCAACUACGACACCAAAGACCCGCUCAUCUUGUCCUGUUUGCUCACCAACAUCUCUGCCCUCUUCCCGUUUGUUGUACACAGACCACACUUCCUGACACAGGUCCUAUACAAGCUAUUUAAAGCCAUCACAUUUGAGGUUGGUCAGGACAGUAAGGUACCUCGAACCAGAGCUGUGAAGAACGUGAGGCGGCACGCGUGUUCUUCUAUCAUCAAAAUCUGCCGUGAUUACCCACAGAUCAUCCUGCCUUGUUUUGACAUGUUUUACAAUCACAUGAAGAAGCUGUUUUCAAACGACGCCAUGCUGACUUUCAUGGAGAAGUGUGCGCUGAUAGAAGCUCUGGUGCUCAUCGGUAACCAGUUCAAAGACUUUGCAAAGCAGAAGGCUUUUCUAGAAGAACUCAUGGCAGUAGUGGUCACAGAAUGGACCUCGGAUGAGAUGAGGCGAGUACUGUGGGAUCCUGCCAUGUUUCUGUCAUAUGUUGGAGCCGAUCAGGUCGUCACUGAGCAAAGUACAGACGCAGACACGGCAGUUGUUAACAGGGGAAAGCUGAGUUUCUGUUUGAACGCCAUGUUGGGGGUGGUGAAACGGUCACGGUGGCCUGCAGACCUGGAGGAAGCCAAGGCUGGUGGCUUCGUGGUGGGUUACACACCUGCUGGAGCUCCCAUCUACAGAAACCCAUGCACUGCCCAGUUUCUGCUCUUGCUGCCCAACGUGUUGGCUCUCAUCAGGACUCACAACAGUCUGUUCAUGCCAGAGAACAUGGCUCGUCUGAGUGAGACCUUUUCUCGUGCCCAUGAGGUGAUGGAUGCAGAGAAGAAUGUAGUUCUUGGUCUCUCUCAGCAUCCUUUGGAUUUUUACGACUCUCCAGUUUAUCGGUCCAGCCUGGAGCGCAUGCAGGGGUUUUUCUCCACAGUUUAUGACAACUGCUUCAACGUCUUGGGAAAUGUUGGUCCGUCACUGCAGCAGGAAUUCUACACCAUCGAGAGGUUGGCUGAAGAAAUAGCUGGCUCUGCUUUUGUUUCUCUCGACCAUGUGCCUGACCACCGACUUCGCCCUAUGAUUCGGGUGUUUGUGAGGCAGUUGGUGCAAUCGUGUCCUCAGGAGUACUACAACACUCUCCUCUGCCCCCUGCUGGGCCCUCUGUUUGCCUACAUGCAGCAGAGACUCAGUGUCAAGUGGCAGGUCAUCAACCAGAGAACCUCUGUGAACGAUGAGGAGGAGGAGGAGGAGGUGGUGGUUUGUCAGGAGAGCCAGGUGACACAGGAGAUGUUGGAGGAGCAGCUGGUGCGUCUGCUCACCAGGGAGGUGAUGGAUCUUCUCACUGUGAGCUGCAUUUCCAGAAAAGUGCCUGAAGCAGCAGCAAACAAGGAGGAAAUAGACGAGGAGGAAAUGAUGAUGGAUUCGGUGCAGACGUCGUCUCCUGCGCAGCCCACAGAGGAGCUGAGCGAGCUGGGAAAAUGCCUGAUGAAACACGAGAACAUCUGCAUGUCCCUGUUGACCCUAUCAUUCGCCUCACUGUCAUGGAAAGACACCACUAACUGUCACCGCACAGCUUCCAUGGUCUGCUGGACCCUUCUGCGGCAGGUCACAACAGGUAAUCUUCUUCCUGAGGCGGUCACGUGGUUCUACACCAGCGUUCUUAGAGGCCUUCAAAUUCAUGGGCAGCACGAAGUCUGCAAUACCACGCUCUCUCAGCUGGCCAUGACCAUCUAUGAAAACCUGCGGCCUCGUUACAUGGAGCUCAGGACUGUAAUGACCCAGAUUCCCAACAUCAGCGUGGAGGCCUUGGACCAGUACGAUCACCGGCUCAUCGACCCCAAUGCCCAGAAAGCUGGAGACAAAAGGAGGAAAGACCAGUUCAAGAAGCUCAUCGCAGGAACUGUUGGGAAAGCCCUGUGCCAGCAGUUCAGGAAGGAGGUUCAUAUCCGGAAUCUUCCAUCGCUCUUUAAAAAGCCAAAGGCAGACAAAGAUGUAGCGAACAAUGAAGAAGCUUUGGGCCUGGCAGCUCUCUUCUCCCCAAAGAAUAAUUCCCUGUAGGAACACACAGCAAAUCAACGACAUACUGACUGAAGAGGGUUUUACUCGUCUCGAUCUAAAAUAAUCCUGUCAACACUCUGUGUUUUUUUUCCACUAAUUUUUAAAAACAUUUCAACCUUAAUAAUAAUAACAUGCCACAGCACCACUCACUGUUACAUCAUUUCUCACUUUUACAGACAAGAUUUAUACAGAAAAUCCCUUUUAAAUCAUGUUGCAUACUUCUGCUUCAUCUUUCCUGUACAUAUUGUAAAAGAGGUUGUAGAAAAGAAAAUUAUCUUGGCUUUAAAAGAAAAAGGUCUUUUUAAAGGUACAGUGUGUAAAAUUUAGCAACAUUUAUUGGGAACGUUUCAUGGUGCAGCUGAAUAUCACUCGCCUCACCCGUGUUGGAGACUUAUGUUGCCUUCAGUUUAGGGCUGAAAUGAUUAUUAAAUGAAUCUUCAACUGUUUUUACAAUUGAUUAAUCAGUUUCAAUGUGUUAUUUUAAUAAUUACAUUUCAUAGAAUGCAGAAUAGUUUCUGGGUUUUUUUCCGUAUAACAAAAAAAUGAUUGAAACUGAACUGUUUUGGUUUGUGGACAAUGAGAAGAUCGUCAUUUCAAGGUUUGGGAAACACAGGUCCAAAAUAGGAAAUAAUCAGAACAUUACAACUACUUCAUGACCUGGCUCCUCUUGUCAAUAUAACAGUGCAUACAAUCAAGCAAUUGUAUACUUAUCUAGUACCAAAAAAUUAAAUAAAAAUACUUUUCUCUUCAAUUUGUACCAAAUUAAAAU